UGUUUUUCCAUAUUUUUGAGACAAAAAUCACAGUGCGAGAGAGAAGAGAAGGUGGUGGUGGAGAUAGAAUAGAGAAGAGAGAGAGAAGGAGAGGGAAAAGAAAAACAAAAAAAAGGCGAUUACUAAAUCAAAAACAAAUAAAAAUAAAUUCUUUGAUGAACCCAUAAAAAAGAGAGAAAAAAAAGCUUCGGCUCCCUCAUUUCCUCUCUUUUUCUCUCUCUUUUUGUCUGUCUCUUUUGUUAUCUCCCUCCCUCACCAAACCAAGUUUAAAAAAAUCAAUAAAAUUGUGAAUUUUCAUUACUUUUUCCCCAAAAAAAUUUGAUUUUUGGAUUAAUUGCUCCUUAGGUUGCUUUUUUUUUUUUUUUGUGGGUAUGUGUAAUUUAAUUGAGGGUCCUUCAAAAUUUUGGUGAUUUCUUUGUUUGGGGAAUUCUGUUGUUUUGAUGGGUAAUGUGGGUUGGUUUUGAUUAUCUAAAAUUUGGGAAAAUUGUAUCUGAUAAAUUGUUGGAUCGGUGGAAUUGAUGUGAGUUGUGGGUGGUAUGAUCUGGGUAGUUAUGUUAGCAAAGAAGAAAAUUAUGAGAAGUAAUUUUUGAUUUGAUUGGUUUCGGUGGAUUAAGUUGAUCCACCAGAAUAAUUGAGGAAAAGGGUUUGAAUUUUGAGAUUAAAAAAUCUUUGCUUUAUUUUUUGAAGAUAAAAGUUCGGGUCUUUUAUUGUCCACUGUAUGAUGGAUCUUGUAGUUGGUGGAAAGUUUAAGCUGGGUCGUAAGAUUGGGAGUGGUUCAUUUGGUGAACUUCAUUUGGGGACCAAUAUAACAAACGGAGAGGAAGUUGGUGUCAAGUUGGAACCUGUGAAAACAAGGCAUCCACAGCUUCAUUACGAGUCAAAAUUAUACAUGCUUCUUCAAGGAGGGACUGGAAUUCCUCAUUUGAAGUGGUUUGGAGUUGAGGGUGAGUACAAUGUCAUGGUGAUUGACCUUCUUGGGCCUAGCCUUGAGGAUCUCUUUAAUUAUUGCACCCGAAAGUUCUCUCUGAAAACUGUUUUGAUGCUUGCUGAUCAGUUGAUCAGCAGAGUUGAAUACAUGCAUUCCAGAGGCUUUCUUCACCGUGAUAUUAAGCCUGACAAUUUCCUGAUGGGCUUGGGGAGGAAAGCAAACCAGGUUUACAUCAUUGACUAUGGCCUUGCAAAGAAGUAUAGAGAUCUUCAAACUCACAAGCAUAUACCAUAUCGGGAAAACAAAAAUCUCACUGGCACUGCCAGAUAUGCCAGUGUUAACACUCACCUUGGCGUAGAACAAAGCCGGAGGGAUGAUCUGGAGUCUCUUGGUUACGUGCUUAUGUACUUUCUGAGAGGAAGCCUUCCUUGGCAAGGACUAAAAGCAGGGACUAAGAAGCAGAAGUAUGACAGGAUCAGUGAGAAGAAGAUGUUGACUCCUAUAGAGGUUCUUUGCAAGUCAUAUCCAACAGAGUUUACGUCAUACUUCCAUUAUUGCCGAUCGUUGCGUUUUGACGACAAGCCUGAUUAUUCAUACUUGAAGAGACUAUUCCGUGACUUGUUUAUACGCGAAGGCUAUCAAUUUGAUUAUGUUUUUGACUGGACAAUACUGAAGUAUCCUCAGCUUGGUGCUGGUUCGAGACUAAAGGUACCUUCUGGGAAGACAGGUGGACAUGCUGGACCAUCUGCUGAGAGAGCUGAUAAACAUUCGGGGAAAGAGGUCCGUGAAAAGUUUCCUGCUGCUGUUGAGGCUUUCUCGAGGAGGAAUUCAUCUGGUGGGCACGGUGAUUCAUCAAGACACAAGUCUACAGAGGUGGUAAUGUCCUCGAAAGAUUUGCCUGAUUCUAUGAGAAGCAGCCAUACCUCUACUCGGCCCAGCAGCACGUCAAGAAGGGCUGUGGCUUCAACCAGCAGACCUAGUUCUUCUAAUGGACCCAGUGAGCGAUCCAGUCGUUUAGUCUCAGGUAGUGGGCGCUUAUCCACCAGUCAAAGACUGAAAUCUGGGUCUGAGCCCAGCAGGUUGGGAACCCCUUCUCGUCCCCCAACCGCAAAUAAAGGUGUUAUCGAUGACGCUGUUCGAAGCUUUGAGUUCCUGUCAAUUGGUAGAGAGAAGAUCAGGAAAUAACAAGUUGAGUUAUUAUAUUCUCAGAGGCUGAGAGCUGACUGACCCUCUUAUUCAGUUGCUGUGAGUCUAAGGUGCAGUAAAGGUUUCAACGUGUUAUUGAUUUCAAAAUUGUGGAGGAACUAGACAUGGGGAUACAUGCUGCUGUAUGCUAGCAGUUUGUGCUGGGUCUUCUAAGCUGAUAGCAGCCUCUCUUUAUCUUUUAGUAUCCCCCCACCCCCCUCUUCUCCAUUGGAGUUCUAAUGUCUACUUUGUAUCGCGCGCUGUAAUCUUGUUCCAUAUUAGAUCAAACGAUUGUCAAGGUUCAAAAAAAUUGUUUUACUGUUGUGUAUUUUUUAAAAUCGUGUAAAAAAUAAUGAGUGGAAAUGUAUGCAUUACGUGUCUUCCAUAUUGUACUUGUUAGUUGUUA